AUGGCUCUCGUACUCAAGGGAGUUGUACUCGUAGGUGGCCCUAGUGUGGGUACUCGUUUUCGUCCAUUGUCCAUGGACUGUCCUAAACCCUUGUUUCCCAUUGUUGGAGUCCCUAUGAUUCAUCAUCACAUCUCAUCGCUGGCUAGACUGCCUGGUAUGCGAGAGAUCCUCUUGAUUGGCUUCUUCGAGAACUCGGUUUUUGACCGCUUUAUCAUGGAGACCUCUAUUGAAUUUCCCCAUGUGAGCUUUAGAUAUCUCCGUGAAUAUCAGUCGCUAGGAACUGGCGGCGGCGUUUAUCAUUUUAGAGAUGAGAUCUUGCGUGGCUCUCCCAAUGCCUUUUUUGUACUCAAUGCUGAUAUUGCCUCGUCUUUUCCACUCAACGAUAUGCUUGCUUUCCAUCGCAACCAAAAGGCACUUGGCACUGUCAUGGGUGUGCGUAUUGACAAGGAAAAGGCUAACAAAUACGGUUGUAUUGUUUCCGAUUCAGCCACGUCCAAAAUCGUGCACUUUGUAGAGAAGCCUGAAACUUUCAUCUCAAAUUUGAUCUCGUGUGGAGUCUACUUGCUUUCCUCUGAAGCCGCUGAGCUUCGUCACAAAUCUGAGAUUGAGCAGGGCUUGACCCUUGACAAAUUUGCCAAUGUCUCCAUCCAUGCGCUCAACGUCGGUUUCCCUCGUACAGAGGACCGUCUACAGCUUGAACAGGAUGUAUUGCGCGUUCUUGCUGAAGAUCAGUUGCUGUAUGUAUUCGAGAUUUCCAAACGAGAUUUUUGGAUGCCCAUUAAAAAAGGAAGUUCGGUGAUUGUUGCCAAUCGCAAGUAUCUGCAGUACUUUUUACAGGCUCAUCCACGUCGUUUGAGCGAGGCAGUUGUUUCCACUCCUGGAAAAAAAAUCAUAGAUACAGCCGAGCUGAUUGCACCUGUUUUCAUUCAUCCGACUGCCAUGAUUCAUCCAACUGCCAAAAUCGGACCCAAUGUUUCUAUUGGCCCACGUGUAUUGGUUGGUCGUGGUGUUCGCAUUCGCGAUUCUAUCGUUUUGGACACCGUUGAGAUCAGAAACGAUGCGUGUAUCUUGAAUGCCGUUGUUGGCUGGGAAUGCGUUAUUGGAGCAUGGUCUCGUGUAGAAGGUUCAGCUGAUCAGGACGAGACUUCCCAGGAAGCUGCUACAUCUCAAGGAUACAAGCUUCCUACUGCUUCGAUUCUUGGCAAGGGCGUUGUUGUGGGUGAUGAGGUUAUUGUGCGUGACUGUAUUGUCUUGCCACACAAAGAACUCAAGGCAUCAUAUCAACAAGAAAUUCUUAUAUAGUCUAGCCAACCGAAAAUAUGCUUGCGCUUUACUUUGAUCUAGCAUAACAUGUGUUUUGGAUAAGGCUCUUGAACUUUUAAGUGAAACUGGAUGGUGUUUUUUGUAAUGAUUGACCCACAAUUAUUUAAUAAACAAAAAUCGUUUGGUUUGACACUUU